AAAGUUCUAGUCCUUUUGAAAGACAGCGAUUUUAUUGUUAUAUAUCCGAAAUUAUAGAACUUUUUAAUGAUAUUAAGUGUUUAUAUAUUAAGACAAGGAAGGGUGCAAAGGGUUGUUGGAAAAUUACUAGAAAAUAUGAAUACAAUAUGAAUGAUGAACAAUUAACUACAUGGAAAAUUGAUAAAGAGGCUAAUAAGCUAAUAUAUAAAAACUAUUACGAAAAACCUGUCAGCUGUGUGAACAUGCGUGAUUAUUUAGGAUCUCAUUUACUACCUAACGAUGAUUUAAUUGUAAUUGCAACCAAUUGCAUUGCAAUUUAUACUCUUAUUAAAAAUGAAAUACGAAUUGUCUAUUAUAUUAAUAUAGAUAUAUUUAUGAAUAUUCAACGAAGUCUUAAAGAUGAGCUCCAAAUUUUGGCACAUCAAGAACCUUUUAAAUCAAAAAAUUUAUGGGAUGCUAAAUAUUUUAAGCAUGUAUUAGAUUAUAUUGAUGAAGAAUCAGAGAAAAAUGUCGCGCAAAGUUUAAGAAACAUGAUAACAUUAUAUAUUGAUGAUAUUUAUACACUUUCCUGCUGUUCACCAUAUAUUAUGGAAUCAAUU